CUCGACAGCAGCGUGCGAGCUAGUUACUGCCACCAUGGGCCUCGUCGACUACGGCUCCGACUCGGACGACGACUCGAACCACUCGCCAGUCGCUCCCACCGCCCCCGCCGCCUCGUCCUCGUCCUCAUCUUCAUCAGCUCGAGCUCCUCCACCUCCCUCUCGACCCUCGGGCCUCCAGCUGCCACCGCCAAAGGCCUCCGGUCAAGCACCUGCACCGCCACCCAAAAAGCCCAAAGCCCCCGUCCGCAUCCUCCUCGACCUCCCUCCCCCGUCCUCCACCUCGACCUCCCCCGCCCAACCCGACUCGGACCAGCCCGCCAAGAAGCGGCCAAAACUCGCCCUCGGCGGUACCAGCUCCGCCUCGGGCUCGGGCGGCGGCCUCGCCGCCAUGCUCCCAAAGCCCAAGAACGACUACAAGCCCGCCCCGUCGGCGUCGGCAUUGUCGACCAGCGCGAGGCCCGCUGCCUCUUCCUCGUCGGGCACGGGCAUCGACGGCCUCUUUCCAGGCGGCGAGACGGGCGGCGCGAGCCCGAGCGGCGCACCGGCAGGCGGGCCCAUGUUCCUCCCGCCCUCGGUCGCCGCCAAGCACAAGGGCAAGGCGCCCGCAGCUGCCGCACCGCAAAAGCCCGCCGAGCCCGCCGUCGACUUCUUCGGCAUCGGCUCCGUCACUUCGGCCCCGACACCCUCUGCCUCGUCCUCCUUGACGUCGUCCAAGCCCUCGCUCGGCAUCUCGUCAGCCCCCUCGAUCUCGUCCGCACCUCCACCCUCGUCGAGCGCGUCGUCGUCGUCGUCGGGCCAGUCCGCCGCCGCCGCGUUCGCCCAGCCGACCGCCGCCAACCCGUACCCGGGUUUCACCAUGCUCCCCUCGGGCGAGUGGGUCGCCAAGGACCAGGCGACGUACGACAUGUGGGUCGCCUACUCGGCUGCCCAGGCCCAGGCGGCCACACCGGCAGCGGCGCCCAAGGACAAGUCGGCGCGCGAGUUUGACGAGGGCGCCAUCGCCGAGCAGGGCGGGCUCGUCGACGUCGACGAGGCGCAGCGCGCGCGCGAGGCGUGGGCCAACAGGCCGAGCCAGGUGCCUGGCCAGGACGGCAAGGAGACGUACAAGACGUCGGCCGACAUCAAGGGCAUCCCGAGCCAGAUCGGCGGCAUGGCGCGCCGCAAGCACCAGCUGUCGUCGCUCCUCGCCGCCGCGCACGACAACCGCGCCGAGCUCGAGGAGCGCAUCGCCCAGGCCCGGGCCAACCGCAAGGGUGCCGGCAGCAAGUACGCCAGCGGCCCGUCCUCGUCGCCGUCGCGCCCGUUCCUCUCGAUCUAG